AUGGUCCACUUGGACUUCCUGCUGAAGGAGCUGUCGUCGAUCCAGCCCUCGAUGCUGCGGGCCGAGCAGGUGCUCGGGGUGCAGCCGAGCGAGAUGCCCGCGUGGGUUCUGCCCGCCGCGCAGGACCCCAGCGGGCUCUGCAACCACACCGAGGUCUCGCAGCUCUGGAACCGAGGCUCCACCAACAUCUCGGGCAUGCUCGCCCGACUGGGGGAGGGGCGCGGGGGCUGGGUCGUGAACCUCGGCGCCGGAGACUCCGCCUGCCGCAGCGGCCUGUACAGCAGCGACGCGCUGGAUCCUGCCAACUGCCUGCUGCAGGAUGGCAGGGGCGGAGUCGUGUUUGAGGGCAGCCCAGAGACGUUCUCCGAGCUGGAGCAGCGCUACAAGGACAGAGCCGACGUCGAUCUGCGCCUGGGCUCGGCCGAGCCCGGGUCUGCAGCGCGGGCGGUCCGGGACUAUGCCGAUGCGGAGGGCGGCCGCGAGGGCACGUUCCAGCUGCUGAAGGUGGACGUGGACAACUGCGACUGCUGCUUCGUGGAGGCCAUUCUCGCGACAGGUCUCAGGCCCUGGUUUGUGCACAUUGAGGUCAGCUUCUUCGUUCCGCCUCCGAUUGUGUUCCAGCCGGUGUCUUUCGCGCGGGGGGUGAACGAUUCGAUGGAGGAGCUUGGUGCAUCGACACACAGGCGUGGGCAUAUGCUCCACUGCUCUCUGUCAGCGGUGAUCGACCUGCUAUACCCAUUGGGGUACACGCUGCUCAGUGUCGUUGUUGCCGACGCGGUCUUCGUACAGCGAUCUAUCUGGGCAGAGCUGGGGCGCGGCGACACAUCCGACCAGCCUGACGGCAGCGGAGACCUCCAAGGAGCCGAGGGCCCGAGCAUCCACGCCGAGUGGCUGGCUGGCACGUACUGCCACCCGGCGUGGCCGCACGAGGCCAUGGUCGUGCGCAUGCAGUCCGAGUUCGUGUACGAUUACCGGCUGUGGAGCGACGCUCACAGGCCCCUCUACGAGCGGCUGGGAAUGAUACGGUCGUACCUGGACCACUGGGACGUGCCCCGGAGCCGCUACCACCUGCGGCUGUCGACAGCACAGGGCGGUCCGCGGUGCGACCAGACGGCCGCGGCGGAGCGCAAGGCCUUGGAGGCGCUCGGCGAGCUCGUCUCCAACUGCGUGCAGGCGAACGCCCAGUUCGUGGACCCGGAGUUCGCGCCGUCCAACAAGGUGCUCUACUCGAACGGCAGGUGCCGCCGGCGCGAGGCGGACCAGCUGCUCAUCGUGCAGCACUACGAGAGGAACCACGGCAGGGACGUCCAGUGGCGGCGGCCAGGAGAGAUCUGGCAGCGGCCAGACGACCUCAUGAUGGAGUUUGACAGCCGCGAGGAGAUGAUCCUCACCAUGCGCCACAUGUCCAAGCUCGUGCCGUGGAGGGUGUUCCAGAGCGACCCGCAGCCCACCGACAUCUCUCAGAUUUGCUCGCCUCCGCCUUCCGUCUUCGGCGUGAUGACGUACAGCUACAUCUACGCGGACAACCACCAGUUAAGCAGGCGACAUUUCGAGGAUCAAAAGAGCAUGGUGGAUGUCACCUUGCUCCUGCACCCGACGUCUUCAAUUUCCUUUUUCCACUACCUGAACCUCGCCAUCUACGAGCUUGCCGCCGUCGCCAUAGGUCCCACCGUUUCAAGUUUCUUCGCCGCGUCAGCCGCUCACUGGCAGGAUGCCGAGGCCUCGGGCAGCGAGCACCUGCUCCCGCUCGGGGUCGGGGCGCCAGCGCGGGACUACCCGAGCGCGGGUCUUUUGGUCCAGUCUCGCCGCCCGGUUAUUGCAGUUGGCUUCCGCGAGGUGGCGUCCGAGAGUGUGUGGAACACUGAGAACGGCCUACGGCAGGGCGACAACGUGGCGGUCGGAUUACCCCAUCAGUUUUCGAGUGCACAUCCGAACGAGUGGAGCUUGUCCGGUGCCAUGAAGAUCGGCUGGAAGGAAGUCGGGGGCCAGGGGGCUCACUUCCGCGGCCUUGGGGGAGUAGGCGAAACAAGGCAUCAUCAGCAGGCUUUGUCCAUCCUCGCGGGCGGCUUGCAGGAGGCGCACGGCCAUGCCUUCUCGACAUGGUUGGAUGGUCUGCCCGACGGCGCCGUGCUCCACAUCGAGCGGCACUACGACCCGACGCAGCUAUUUUUGUCGUUCGGUGCCAUGGCCCAGGACUUGCAGGAGUCCGCCCGCUAUUUGAUUCCAGAUCCUGACGUAGAGGGCCAGUGGAAAGCGGCAUUCCCGGGGAAAGGCAUCGUGGAGUUCAUGGCCCAGACGGUCGAGGUCGUCGCUGCUAUGCCUGAUGGUCGCACCACGGAUGCCCGCCGUCUGGUCGUGGCCCCGUCCAUCCUGAAGCGAGCCAAUGCGAGCACUGUAUUUGAGUCCGUCGAGAAGGCUGUCCCCGAGAUGACCAUCGACAAGGUGCAGGCGUUGGCGGCCAAGCACCAGAUCGUUUUGUACAGCGAGGUGCCCGACAACCACAUCGUCAACAAGAGGAAGCGGGCAGCCACGGCAGCAAUGCUACCGUCGAACGUGUUGGCGCCACCGAUGGGAUGUGCUGCCCAUCUCCUGUGGCGCGGGAUUGUAGGGGUGAUGGCAGAGGACAAGAUCGUCGGGGACAUCCACGCUGUCUGGUUCACGACCCGUCGUUUUCAGUCUCGCAGGGGCCUCUCCAUCGCUGCCCAGGCCAUCGCAUCCGAGUUUAACAUUGUGCCUGGCCCGCCGCCCAACGCGGAAUGGGCGCGACACAUCGACACCAUUUUAGAGCAGACAAUAUUGCGGACCAUGUCGCAAGUGAGCGGCAGGGUAGAGCGCAUCCCGCUCCCCGCGCACGACGAGAUGGCCGAGCUGUUGGCCGACCAGCCGGGGGGCCGCCGCAGCGACCAGGAGUACAGGCAGCGCAGGGUGGCCGUCACGUUGGUCAAGACGUUUCUGAAUGGCGACCCCCGCGUGCGGGGGCGCGGUGCUCGCGUGCACUACUGCAACGGCUGCUGCGCCAGCGAGGAGGCAGCCAAGGCGAUGGGCGAGCAACUCGCGGGGGACAUGAUCAUGGGGAUACUGCCCGAGGCGCUGAGCCGCGCGUUCCCCGCCACGGGCAGGAAGGUCAGGGCCGAGCAGGGCCUCGGCGCCGACGACUUCCGCGAGGUCAUUCGUUCGAAGCGAGUGCGAGCAGUCCAGAAAACGAACACGCCUGGUCACAUGCAGCAGACCGCAGUCCUGUCUUUCGCCUUGGCCCCCGCUGACAAUUUGUGGAUGAAGUUGCAGUAUCUCGAUGCGAACUGCCCGUCGCUCAAGGACCUGAACUCGUCUCGCACCAACCCGUUCGAGAUAUGCCUGCUGGAAAUAUCAGAGUCUUGCUUGGGGCCGUACUUGGAUGGCCCAGCCUCCGUCGUCUUCUAUACCUACAGCCGCGGCCCCGAUGACCACGCGCAGCUAUGCGCGCAGUUCCAGGGGGCAUUCGCAACGCUGGCUUGCGAGAUCCACAGCCGCUUUCACUUUGCGUUCCAAUCGUAUCCCUAUCGCCUCCUCAAGUUGGUUGACGUGCGGGUGUCGCAGGCGGAGAAGGACGCCUUGUGGGGGGAGUUCUGGAAUGCCCCAGAAUGUGAUUUGGAUGAGUUCUUCUCGCUGCGCCUGCGCAAGAUGUAUCCGUCCUUGGAGGCAAUGAAGGACGACGUCGCAGUCACGAGGGCCCUCGACACGUGGGCUCGCACGACAACCUUCACGAACAUGUCGACGGAGAGGUUGCUGGCCCUGUUCAAGAACAGCACCCCUGUGCACCACCCUACCGUGGAGAGAUUGGCGGGCACGAGCCUGCUGACGCAAGUAUUGGCGAGCCACCUCGCGGCCGGCGGCCUGGACCCUCGCCGGGCGCCGUCUCGGAAGGAGUUGUUGGAGGCACAUGUCCCGCUCCGAUGCGCCAAGAAGGCCCGUGGCAAGCCACGGGGCGCGAGGGGCGCAUUCGCAUGCGUGCGCAGCAAGCCGCAUGACAAGGCACUGCCCUGGAAGGAGGUGCGCCGACAGCGAUUGCGAGCAUUCGCCGCGCUGCCGAAUGAGGAGAGGGCAAGGUUUCACAUGCAGGAGGAGGCGGCGCGCGAGCAACAGCUCGGCGGCGCCGUGGACGAGGAGGAGCGGUACAGCCGCUCCAUCGGCAACAAGCUCCUGGGGCUGUCGUCCCGCGGUGCCCCCAUCCAGGAGCGCAAUGUCCUGGAGGCCAUGCAGCGGCUCGCCGCCCCUCCCGCUGCGACAGGCGGCGUGCGACGCAUGUCAGAGCCAUUGCGGUCUGCGUUCCAGCGGCGGCUUGUCGUCUCGGACUGCGAUGGGAUCCCGAAGGAUUUGCAUGUCUCGUACCGGCAGUGCUGCGGGGUCGCGCAUCCUGGACUGUGCCCGACGGCGGAUCCUGCCCUCCACGCCCUCGGCAUCGAGGCGCGCGAGGCCAUCGUUGGCAUUUUCCAGCGGGUCAAAUUCAAGAGGGGGCAGUUGUUCAUGCUCACGUCCAUGCCAGCACACAUCGAGUACAUAUUCCAGCUAGGCGCCAUGUCGUUCAAUGAGCCGCGGGGCGCGACGGUGCUGAUGCUGGAGCGCUGCGCUGCUGGCGUGCGGUUGCAGGCAUGCGCUGGCAGACUCGUGAUCAAGGAGAUCAGCGAGGUCAUUGCCGCGGCUUUGCGGCGGCUUCCAGGUCAGACCUACGCCGAACACUGGAUGCCAAACAGGCUCGCCGAUGAUCGGCGUUCUCGUUAUUCGCAUUCCUUCCUGGAGCCUUCGUUUCUUUCCAUCCAUCGUUCCUUCUUGUCUCUGCCAGCAGGUGACCCAGAUGGCCUGGAGUUGCGCCCGUUGCAGGUCGCCUGCCCCGAGGACGCCGCGAGCUUGAGGUACUUCGAAGUCGUCGGGGAGGGCGACCCGUACGCUGGUUUCCACGCGCUUUCGCGCGAGUCCGCCUGCCCGACACCCCCGCCCAAGAAGAAGCCUAAGUGCGCCGUGGAGUGCCCGAGCGCGGAGCCUCAGUCCGAGAGCGACGUAGACGACGAUGAGUUAUUGACGCAUGUUUUUUCGAAGCUGAAGGCGAAGGCCACAGCAAAGAAGGCUCUGCCUCAGGCCGAGGCUGCGCCACCAUUGGCAGUGGUUCCUCCGGCCCCGCCAGUUCCUCUGCCCCCGCUGGUUCCUCCGCCCCCGCCUGCGCCCGCUGAUCCGGCGGCCGCGGCCGCAGCGCCGGGGCCCGAGGCGCCUGCGCCCCCCAAGGAAAAGCGGGCGAUCCCAUGGGGGCCCGCUCGGUAUCGCUUCAAUCUCGCGCGGGUUUUCAGCCAGGGUGUUCAGAUCGGUUGGGGCGCCACGUGCGGCCGCCAUUGCGACGGCCACGUCCCUGACCCCGCCAAUCCAGACGCGGCAGUCCCAGGCCUGCCCUGCAAGAAGCAGUUGACUUACGGUAAAGAGCGCCUGACAGAUGAGCAGUGCGUCCACCGUUUGAAGUAUUGGCUCCUCGUCGGCCUCCGCCUGCCAAUAUCCGCCACUAUGCGCAGAGACCACAUUAGCAUGGACAUCCGUCACGGUGAGCCAGGGUCCUCUAUCGAGGAGGUGGAGCGUCUGAUUGCCGCUUGA